AUGGCUUCUAUCAACAUUUCAACCAUUGACUUUGCCAAGUUGGACCAGUUUGAUGCUGGUGAAGGCUAUGGAGAUGAAGUCAAUAAGUUGCUCAAUGCAGUUUGCUCGCCGGGGUUCUUUUACCCAGACUUUAAAAAUGCAUUUGGAACCAAGCUUGUGCUAAGGGAGGUCAAGGAUGCAUAUGCCGCCUCUGACAGAUACUUUGACCAGUCUCUGGAAACAAAGAUGAAAGACUUUCGCAAGGGACAGCCAGCUUCCAGCGAUAGAGGGUAUAAGUUCUGUGAAACUAACGAGUCCUUUGAGGUAAGUAUGGGGCCAUUUAGCGGCUUAUGA